AUGGAAAACAACCUUUCCGCCGCCCGAGCAUCUCGGCGCUACCUCGACGAGCGACUUCGCAACGACUGGGAGUAUCCCGACGUGCCCGCAGUAUGGUCAGCCUCAGACGAAGAAGUGCGCGACGCUGCCGAUUUUCGCGAACGCUACUACGGCGAGUCUGAAUCUGGCGACUCGGAUCAAGAAGAUGAGGGCGCCGGCCCGUAUAGAUUCGACAAUCCAGAGAGCAUCGGCGAUGCAGUAGCAAACACCAGAGAGGCCCGCAGAAGGCGUCGCAAAGAGAGACUGGAGCGCGAGAUGAAAGAUAACGAGGGAUUGAGAAUCUGGGUCGAACGACGAGAUGUGUGGACGGGCGCAGCGAGCGUCAAGAAGUACGGCACGAACAGACAAAGGCACGCGAAUCGACCAACUUCUGCAGCGGGCUACUCUUCCGAAGAGCACGCCGUCACGCCCACCGGCUCUGAAUCGCACUCAAUCACAAGUGCAACGCCAGACACGUUUGACCUGGUCCCCGUUGCUGCGCGAAUCCUCGCCGACAACCCAAUCCGGGCUUCGAUUGCCCCCAAAGCAUACAAGGAUAUCUUCCAGAAGAUCGUAGUUUCGUCGCGCACGCCCUCUGUUCCCAUCAAUCUCGCAGACAUGACCAAGGCGUUGGUACAGGGCUGGAAGGACACAGACGAAUGGCCUCCAAGGGUUGGAGCGCCCGAUCCUCUUGCCGGUAAGAAGCGUUCCGUCACUGGAACUGCGUCCAACGGACAUCAAGGAGGCUUCAUUGCGCGACAUCCUCAUCUAGAGAAGAGCGUAGACGGUAUGAAACGGAUUCUACAUCUCAAUGGACAUCACGAGCACGGGCAUGAUCAUGACAAGGAGCACGUGCAUGGUGGAAAAGAGGGCUGA